UGCAUGUUCAGAUAUCAGAAAAUGUUGUGUUGCAGUUCCUGUUUCCUUCCUUGCAUUUUCUGCAGCUUCUCUGUUCAUUACUUUCCGAUGCCCCCUUUUGUUGAUCUUUAACUGAACCUCAAUACCAAUUAAAAAUUCACUUUCCAUUACUCUUGAUCCUAAAGUUCUCAACUUCAUAGAACAACACUAAUUCAAUAAGGACCUUAUUACGUUGGAGGAAUUCUUUUUCUAAAUUACUUGUUAGUGGCUAAGUUGAGACUUUCUGAACCACUACACCUGAAUCAGUACCUCAGUAGCAGAUCAUUCUCUGAAAGGGGUAUACAAUUUAUUCUCCAACACUGUUGGGGGCACCUUGUCUUUCUUGGGAUUGUUUGUUCUACACUAGGAAUUAGACGUCAUAGAGUUUAACAUGCAGAGAAAUUUUUACUUCUGAUCAGUCACCUUUUACCUCACUCACCAUCAGCAUCCCAACGACCCUGCAACUUUUGGUUAUUACCUCAUGAGAUUUAGGUGUGAUCUCUUUCAGUGCUGCUUCGCUAGCACAUCUUCUGACACAUUUCCAAAGCGCAGUAAUUUGAAGUGGCCAAUCUUUCCCUACAAGGAAAUUGAAAAAGCCACAAAUAAUUUUGAUCAAUCUCGUUAUCUUGGAAAUGGAGAAAGAAAGAAAGGCUUUAUCACUGAGUACUAUGGAACACUUGAGGAUGGACGUGAGAUUACAAUCCAGCGCUUUGAAAAAGACAAGUGCUACAUAUUGCAAAAGUUUAUCAAUGAAACUGUUCUUCUAAGUUACUUACCUCACAAAAAUAUUGUGUCAAUUUAUGGAUGUACUUCUCAGCAUGUGGAACCUCUGAUAGUGCAUGAAUACCUAUCCAAUGGAAAUCUUGCUGCACAUUUUCAAGGUGUAAAGGAUGAAAACAUUACACUACCUUGGCUUAAACGUUUGGAUAUAGCCAUUGAUAUUGCAAAUGCAUUGGCAUAUCUCCACUAUUACGGCAUCAUCCACCGCAAUGUGAAAUCCAGCAAUAUUCUCCUAGAUUUAAACUUUUCUGCUAAACUUGGUAACCUUCAUUUAUCAUGCAAACUUCCAGAUGGAGUUCCUGUUGACGCCACCCAUGUUACUAGUGACAGAGUAGGUUCAAGUGGUUACAUAGACCCAGAGUAUUUGACAAAAGGCCAGCUUAGUGUGAAAAUUGAUGUUUAUAGCUUUGGGGUGGUGUUGUGUGAGCUCCUAUCAUCAAAGCUUGCAAUAUACCAUAUUCUCAACGAGGAGAGUAAUCUCGGUAUCCCUUUUAGCAGAAAAAUUGAAAACAAAACUUUGGUGGAGCUCUUUGAUCCAAGACUUGGGUUCCAAUCAAACCUUAACAUCAAGCAGUUGAUGACUGCUACAGCUGAGCUUGCAGUUCUCUGCAUGAAAUGUCCACAAGAAUCGCGGCCAAACAUGGAAGAGGUGCUAGAGAUUCUCAAUGAAAUGAAGCAAGGGAGAUAUGGAACAAACUCUCACUCAACUAAAGCUUUGAAAAUCUUCCACCAUGCUGAACUUGAAGAAGCCACUAACAAUUUUGGCACUUGCCUUGGUAAGGGAGGAUAUGGCAGCGUAUACUAUGGAAAACUUAAAGAUGGACUAGAAGUUGCAAUAAAAUGUUUCCAUGAUGAGAAUGAGACACAAGAGACCAUUAAGCAAUUCAUGAAAGAAUCUGACAUCUUAGGUCUCUUGCACCACCAAAAUCUGGUCUCACUUUAUGGCCGCACUUCUCGCCAUUGCAAGAAGCACAUGCUAGUGUAUGAGUACAUCUCCAAUGGCACUCUUUCCAAACAUCUUUAUAAUCCUUUAAAUGGAAAACUACCAUGGGAAACUAGAUUGAAUAUUGCCAUUGAAACUGCAACUGCAUUGGUAUUUCUUCAUGAUUCAAGUAUCAUCCACCGUGAUGUGAAAGGGAGUAACAUUCUGUUGGAUGAAAAUUUUCGGGUUAAAGUUGCUGAUUUUGGAUUCUCUCGGUCUCUUCCAGAUCAUGUUACUCAUGUUACAACUAUUCCAGUGGGAACUCGUGCUUAUAUAGAUCCUGACUACUAUGUAUCUGGAAGGGUGAGUAACAAGAGUGAUGUGUAUAGUUUUGGAGUGGUCUUGUUUGAACUCAUAUCAUCAAUCCACCCAAGUUUGGUUGCAGGCACAGAUAAUGAGACUCUUGCACAGUUUGCAAAGAGAAAAAUCUUGAACAAUGAAUUAAACGAGAUAGUUGAUCCAAGCUUUUCUUGUGGUUCUGACAAUAACAUUUUGGAAACGAUAACAGCAGUGGCAGAGUUAGCAUUUCAGUGUGUGCAGUGUCCCAAGGAGUUCAGACCAUCCAUGAAACAGGUGCUGGAGACCCUUGAGGGCAUAAGUAAAGGAAAAUGGGGAUUCAACCAGAUGACAUAGUCUUCAUUCAUAGACACUACAGAUUGUUAUAUGAUUCUGAGACCAGUGAUUAUCAAUUAGACAGUAACUUAUAACAAACCUGCUUUUGAGAUUCACUUUAGAUCAUUGUUUCACUUUCACAAUUGAUUAUUUGUAUCCCACUAUAUAGGAA